UCUCUGGAGAUAAGAUAAGCAAGACAGUUCGAGCGGAGCUUGGAAUUCUCUAUCCGGCAUUGUCGGCGCUGUUAGUGGCUUGAACUUUAAUUUUCACUCGAGCUCUCGCUGUCUUCAUCUUCAACCCCAUCGUCGGCAAAGGUAUGCAACGGUACUUUCGUCGAUCUCACACGCUCAGAGACUUUUUUCACGGGAUAGAAAUUAGAAAAUGACCCACGACGCCGUCUGGUUUUCUCGUCCUCGAAAGUUCGGCAAGGGUAGCCGCCAAUGCCGUCUCUGCGCUCACCAAGCUGGUUUGAUUCGCAAAUACGGGCUUGACCUUUGCCGUCAAUGCUUCCGUGAAAAGUCUGCUGCCAUCGGCUUCGUCAAGAACCGGUGAGCACAUCAGUAGACCACGUAGUUUAUGACUGUUGCUGUGUUGUCGUCCACCUUACAUAUGACUACUUGAUAUGUCGCCCAAUUACCAUUUGAAUAGUGGCAACCAGCGCCUACUGUGAUUGUGAUAAGAUUUGAG